UUAGGAUCUCCAAAUCCAUGUCUACUCAAAACGCAGUUCCCAAAAGCCCGUUUGAGAGAAUGGCUUCGGGUGAAUACAGAUUUCCCCCUCAGAAGCAAUACACACAGCCUGGCAAAGAGUAUCUGAUGAAUCCACCACCCCAAUAUAGCAGUCCAGAUUACAAACCAUCCAAUAAACUUCAAGGGAAGGUGGCUGUAGUAACUGGAGGUGACUCCGGAAUCGGAAGAGCGGUGUGUAACUUGUUUUCAUUGGAGGGUGCUACUGUUAUCUUCACCUAUGUGAAAGGACAGGAAGACAUAGAUGCCAGAGACACACUUGAAAUCAUCAGAAAAGCUAAGAGUGUCGAUGCCAAAGAUCCAAUGGCUAUAGCAGUUGAUUUGGGUUAUGAACAGAAUUGCAAGAGUGUGAUCGAUCAAGUCGUUAAUGCUUAUGGCUGCAUUGAUGUUUUGGUCAACAACGCAGCUGUGCAGUUCCAGAGUGAUUCCUUGGACGAAAUUGAUGAUAAAAGACUGGACUUGGUUUUCCGAACUAAUAUCUUUUCCUACUUCUUCAUGACCAAAUAUGCUCUGAAGCACAUGAAGGAAGGAAGCAGCAUUAUCAACACGACAUCAGUGGUUGCAUAUCAAGGAUUCGCAACAAUGGUAGACUAUGCAUCGACGAAGGGUGCCAUUGUAGGGUUCACAAGAUCCCUUGCACUUCAGCUGGUGAGCAAGAGAAUUCGAGUGAAUGGCGUUGCUCCUGGACCUAUCUGGACUCCCUUACAGGUAGCAAGUUUGACAGUGGAACAAAUUGUGGUGUUCGGUUCUGAUUCCACAGCAUUGAAAAGAGCUGGACAACCCAUUGAGGUUGCUCCUUCUUAUGUCUUUCUCGCCAGCAACCAGUGUUCCUCUUACAUUACAGGCCAAGUCCUCCACCCAAACGGUCAUGCAUCUCUCUUAUGCUCAUACUUACAAAAUCUGUGGAAUCAUAGUGAAUACAUAAUUGUUGGAUUGAAGAAUAAAGAUACUCAAAGUUUAUAUUGGUUUAUGUGA